CCCACCCCCCCAAGAUCCCGAUCCCUCUACCCAACCCUUCACCCCUCCCGCGCCAGGGCCCCAGAACCCGCCACCCCCGCCGCACCCGGGAUCUCGGGCCUGGACAUAUACGGCGACCUGCCGGGUCCGGUAAACUCUGUGGAAGCGCUCUACGACACGCACUUCCUGCUGGCGAGUGGGACCCGCACCGCUGCCGGGAGUGGCGUUUUCCUGCUGAAUGAUUGCGUGUUCGCUUGGGCGCCGGACGCGGCUUGUAAGGAUGGGCUGGUGGGGUUUGGGGAGGGGGCGUGGGGGGUUUUGGAGGUUGUUUGGCCGAAACCUGGUUUGUUGCCUCCCACUAUAACCAUUUCGUGUCCUUAAGCUUCAGGGGUUACUGACUGGGGGGGCAGAGUUGUUGAUCAUUGGAACGGGAAAGAGGACUUUACUUUUGGCUCCCGAUGAUAGGAGGAGGAUUGCGGAGUUAGGGGUUAGGGUUGAUAUCAUGGAUACCGGGAGCGCUGCGGCGGAGUUUAAUCUUUUGGCGACCGAGAGGGGGGGUGGGAUUGCGGGGGCCUUGUUGGCUGGGGGGUUUAGGGGG